AUGGUGACACAUAUUAUGGGUAAGGCUUUCAGUGCCAAACAACCAGUUCAUAUUGGUUUAGCUGCAAAAUUCUAUGGUUUAGGUUUAGCAGGUGCUCAAAAAAUUUGUGCUAAAUUAGGUUUAUAUCCUUGGAUGAGAAUGCAUCAACUAUCAGAACAACAAAUAUUGGCAGUCACAAAAGAAUUAUCAGAACUAACGCUUGAAGGUAAUGCAAGAGCUAUUGUUCGUGAAAAUAUUCAAUUAAAAAGACGUAUUGGUUCAUAUGCUGGUUUAAGACAUGCUAUGGGUCUUCCAGUUCGUGGUCAAGGUACUAGAAAUAAUGCUAAAACAGCUAAGAAAUUAAACAGAUUAGAAAGAAGAGGUUAUUCAACUUUAACACGCCCAGAAAUCCCACAACAAGCAACUGGUAUGUUUGCAGCUUUUAAAAAUUUAUUUAGAAGCUGA